GGGCGCGCACCCGCCACACGAUACAUAAGCAGGGUAAAAUGCCGAGAGGAGAGAGGUCUCUGUGCACGCGCACGCAAAGCAUUUCGUGGCCCCUUAACAUUGUCCUUUUAAAAGAAUCGCUUUGCAACCAGUGUUUGUCGCUAACUGCUGUGCAGUCAGCCUGAGGCAACGUAGACAAGGACCAAAUAUUUUAAAUAGAUUUUUCAGAAUUUUAGACAAGGGAAAUGAGUGAUUUUGAAGAUGCCAGUUUGAGUGAGUCAGAACCUGAACCUGAAGCAGAACCAGGGUAUCUUGAAGAUCCUAUUUAUGCCAUAGCACCAACAAUUAAUUUCCGAGAUGAAGGUUCCAUUGAUGUGGCUUCAAGUGCUGCAUUUCAGUGCCUCGAUGAGUUAUUUUAUGCUGGGAAAAUCCCUGGAACCAGAGUAUCUGAGUUGAAGGCAAAGUAUACCCUUCUGCAUGAGACUCUAGUAAGUUUACAGGCAUCAGAGAUUCAACUGCUGCAAGAUGCCAAACGUUUCACAGUUGAAGUGGAACAGCAGCAGCAGGAACUAGAAAAGGCUGACCAGUUUCCAGAAGGAUCCACCUCCGAAGUGUCCAAACUAAGACAGCAGUACCUAAGAUACCUUAAUGAAUAUAACGCAAUUCAAGAAAGAGAGUAUGAAAUUCAUUACAAGUUGAACAGUUUAUUGGAAGACAAGAAACUCCUAGAAAAAGAGUAUAAAAGGAUCCCUAAAGCUACUGAUGCUGAAAAGUUGAUCAAGGGCCUGAAAGAAAGCUGUGAAGAGCUCCGUAAAGAAACUUUGCAAAGAAGACAAGAAAUUAAAACACUGAAAGAAGAUUUGACAGUAAGACAAAAGCAUCUCACUAAAGACCAGAAGGAACUUGAUGAAAUCCUUCGGAAGCAAGAAGAUACAAAAGAUGUGCUUAUCCAUCUCCAGGCCAUUCCUAUUCAGCUUGGGAAAGAAAUGGAGAAACUGAACCGCAGAAAACAAGAAGCAGAGAAAAGGAUAGCAGCACUGCAGGAACAACUGAAAGAAGUAACUGACCACGUUAAAAAAUUAGAGGCUACAAUUGAGGGCACGCUUCAAGAGAAGGAAGAUGUGAUGAAAGAAGUGGAUGGCAAAAAAUCAUUGCUGGAAAGCAAGGACCGAGAAUUCAGUAAUUUGAUAAAGAUGCAUGAAUUGAACAAAGAGAAUGAAGGAAGUGCCAUAGCUGAAAGGGGCAUUUUAGAAAUUGGAUUUCGCAACUGUCUUGUGAUGAAGCAAAAACUGCAAGAUACUUUGAGCCGCAUGCAACGUGAGAGGGAGAAAGACUUGAGAAAUUUCAAGAAGAUGGAAAUGCAGCUGAAAAUAGCUCAUGAGAGCUCGGCACAAGUUAAAUCACACCACGAAAGAGUCCUUUUGGAGAUUGAUGCUCUACCUAAAGAUGAUGGGACAUUAUUAGAAAGGCGAAGGGAACUCCAGAGAGAAGUUGAAAUUAUUAAGAGGAAUUUUGCUCAGGAGAAAACAUCCACUGAUGUUGAGGGACGGAUGCUGGAGCAGUGCAUUGCUGAAGAAGACCAACUUUUUAAAGCUCAAGAGCAUUACAGAGAGGAAGCAAACAACUUGAUACGCAUGACUCAGCUCAAAGCUGAUGAGAGGGAACAAAAAUCAAAGGACUUUUUAAAAGCACAGCUUCGACUGAAUAACAUUAUUACAGAAAUAAAAACAAAAGAUUUUGAAAUAAGGGAACAUAAGAAGAAGCAAAAGGAAAUCCAAAGACAAAUGAAAGAAUUUGCCAAAAUGUAUGACAUUGUACGUCAUGAGAGGAACAAACUGGUUAACCUUGUGCACACUGCCCACCACAAAACUGCUGAAAUGAAAGAGCGGCUCAAAAUGUUAGAUAAUGAGAGAGAAAUCUUAAGGAACAAUGCUGUAAUUAAAGAGAGAAAAUUGCACAAAUACCAGCUGAAGCACGCAAAUAACAUUGCAGUCAAGGACAGCAUCCAGAGUGAUGUCUGCAAGGUUUUUGCAACAUUGCAAGAGAUGAAGGAAAAGCGAGAGCAACAGCUGAUGGAUGUUGAAAGGCUCACCAACACACUCACCCGUGUAGAGGAUGAAAUGGUGCAGCUGUGGAAGAAAUAUGAACGGGCCGUGCAGCGCCGAAAUGAGAGCGGAGUUAUGCUCAUUGAACGUGAGGAAGAAGUGUGCAUUUUCUAUGAGAAAAUAAAUAUUCAGGAGAUGAUGAGUCGAGAUGGUGACAUUGAGAUUAAUGUGAUGGAUGAAAAGAUCCGCUUUCUGAGGCUGAAACGGACUGAGAAGAAACGGCAGAUUGAGUUAUUCCUGAAAACACUGCCAAUGAAAAAAGGCCUUGAUGCUGAUUUAGUGGUCCUCCAGAUUCAGUUUUCUCAAUGCAAGGACAAAAUUAAAAGUCUGGAGAAACUGUUUACAGACACCAAAAGUCACAACAGAACAAGAGCACUGCCUGGGAAAGACCCCAGUCUGCCAGAGCUUUUCAAAAGGAUAGAUGAGUUAGAAAUCCAGCUAGCACAGAAAGAAGAGAAACUGCUUGAGAAGGACUUUAUUUUUGAACAAGUGUCCCAGUUAACAGAGAAGAUCAGAGUCAAGGUGGAAAAUGGCCAGGAGGAUACAUUGCUAUUGGCAAAAAAGAUGAACAGACUCCAGGAGAAAAUAAAAGCUGCAACGCGAAAGAUGAUGGCUCUUGUUGCAGAGCUAUCGAUGAGUCAAGCAGUUGCCAUUAAACUGCAACAAGAAAUGAGGGACAAAGAACACUUUUUAAUGUCUGUCAGCUCCAGGCUGGAGAAAGGUCUCCCACCACCACAGGAAGUAGAAACGGAGUGGUUAAAGGUGCUGCGUGACGAGGACGUAUAUAAGGCAGCCGCUGAAGCCAGAGCCCAGCAUCUCGAAGAAGAGGAAAAACUUAACUUACCAACUAGCGUGCAAACCACAGCUGAACAACGCCCCAAUGCCUACAUUCCAGAUGAUGAAAAUGUGCUCCCCUUACCACGGCCCUAUGGGGCAUUGGCUCCUUUCAAACCAAGUGAGCCUAGUUCAAAUCUGAGAUACAUAAGAAAGCCAACUGUAAAGCCAAUUGAAAUCUGAAGACGUUGGCCCUUCAUCCAGCCACAGAAUAUCUUAAAAGGUCAAAUCUAUAUUCUAGUAAUAUCAGCAACAGAACCAUCAGGUUUUAAUGAGGUUGUACUAACCCCAACAGCACUCUCGGUUCAGCAGCACUACAAAAGCUCCAGUGAAACGAUCAUGUGACAUCAUGAUUAGGGGACUGUAACCUGUGAACAUCUGAAGCACAAGGAAUUCCGACCAGCUUUUAAAAAUGUUUAUUAAAUGUCAGCCAAAAAAGUAAUACAUUUAAAACCACAAUAUUAAUGAAUAUCCACCUGCACUUUUCCUUUUGUGCAUUCAAUGGCCCAAACUGUUUAGUAUUUUGAAAAGUCUGUUUAUAUGAUAGCCCAACAGGUUUAUAUCAUAUUUUUAUAUUAGAAAUUGUUUACACGUUUUGUUCCAAACAGAUAUACUGAACUCACUUUCAUGACACAAAUAAAGAGAAAUUCUCUGAAGAAUGAAUAGGUGGUGGCUCUUAUUUACAUAGUAAUAAACUUCUUCCAUUUAAGAGUGCUCCAGUAAAAUGAAUAGCUGUAGUGCAGGAGUAAGGGAAGUCCUGCAAUAGAGACGGGCUCCUGCAGCUAGAAAUGUAAAACUUUAAACAGGUGUCCAAUUCUAGAAAAUGAAUACCAAAAAUAUUCAUGGCGGGGGGAGGAAUCCUGUGAAACAGAUAAAUGCCAGUCUUUCUGGCUUCCUCCUUGUUAUUGCAGAAUAACUGAUGGUAGGGUCAGGGAAGCCUUGUGAACAAAAUGCCACAGUGUGCUUAGGGAGGGGGAUAUGUGAGUUUACAGUGAAGGGGAGGAAUUGGGAAUUCCCUUCCCCUCUCUCUUGCCAACCAGCAGCUUCUUGUGCCUCUGGACAAGGAAUGUUGUAGCAAUUUCACCCAGUUCUACCUCCUCACUGCAGUACUUCAUGCUCAAUACCAUUU